AUGAUUAGACUAGUAAAUUGUAUUUCUUAUUUCCUUCAAGGUAUUGCGCAGCGAUGCACAGCUAUCAAGUACCACUUUUCGCAGCCAAUCCGCUUACGAAACAUUCCAUUCAAUUUAACUAAGACAAUACAGCAAGAUGAAUGGCACCUGCUUCAUUUAAGAAGAAUCACGGCUGGCUUCCUGGGCAUGGCUGUAGCUGUCCUGCUGUGUGGCUGCAUCGUGGCCACGGUCAGCUUCUUCUGGGAGGAGAGCCUGACCCAGCACGUGGCUGGACUCCUGUUCCUUAUGACAGGGAUAUUUUGCACCAUUUCUCUCUGCACGUAUGCUGCCAGUAUCUCUUACGAUUUGAACCGACUCCCGAAGCUGAUUUACAGCCUGCCUGAUGAUGUGGAACAUGGCUACAGCUGGUCUAUCUUCUGUGCCUGGUGCAGUUUAGGUUUCAUUGUGGCAGCUGGAGGUCUCUGCAUUGCUUAUCCAUUUAUUAGCCGGACCAAGAUUGCACAUCUAAAGUCUGGCAGGGACUCUACAGUAUGACUGCACUCCAGGUACCUGCCCACAGUAUGAGUGACUCCGCAGGCGAGAGGAAUGGAGUUUACAUCAGGAUCCCAAGCACAACGCAGUCUCUUACAUUCCAGCCUGUUGUGUGCAGCCCUUUUCUGGAUGACUGACAGCAAAUCAUGCAAAAUCACACAACCUUUCGAAGGACAAACUGAUGGUGGAUUCAAAGUGCUUUAAUGACUGUUUCUGCUUUGACUGUGAGACAGAGAAGGAGCUGGGGCAUGGGGCAUUUCUAAGGGUCAGAAAAGAGAAACUGCAAUGGAAAAAAAAUUUGUAUAAUUUCCAUUUAUUUCCGAGAGUUUGUAUAUAACAGUUACCUGAGAGUAAUUUCUAUAUGCAAAAAAAAAGAUUCGUAAAUAACGCAAUUAUAAUUUUCUUGUCACUGUACUAGGCUUGUUAAGUUUUGACCCACAGCUUUAGAACUUGUCCUACUGGUGUCUUGUGGUGUCAGAGCCCGGUAUUUGUGUAUUAUUUGUGGAUGUUCCUUGUUACAGGAGGGUUCUUCUUUGCCUUAUUAUUAUUAUUUUAAUUGGAAGUCUGCUCUCUGUCUUUGUACUGGAGUCAAAAGCAUAAGAGAAACAGAUCAACCAUGUAAGAGCUAAUCCGUGACACUAUGCAGUAUUGUUUGAAGUCCUUUCUGUUGUUCAGCUUCUGUCUCUUUAUGUUAACUGGAUUUCUGCAUUAAAUGACUUCUCCCUUGUUAA